UUUGAUACUAUCUUAUGGCACUGUAGGAUCUGCUUGGAGAUUAAUGAUGAUUUAGCUUUUCAAGCGACACCUAGCGGCGCCCUGCAGGCGGGCAAGUGACAUAUCCCAUCAUCCCUUUGAACUCAAGAAUCCAAGAUGGGCGACUUUUUGAAGGGAUUGCCGUCGUAUAACCAGACGAAUUUCACCCGGUUUCAUAGCGACUCCGGCGUCAAAACGACGAGUCGAAGACCACAAGUAUAUCUCCCUACCACUGACCAUCCCUCAGAACAAGUUAUCACAACAGAGAAGACCAACAUUCUAUUGCGGUACUUACAUCAACAGUGGGAUAGAAAAAAUGCCCACAAAAAGAGGGACACUUCUAGAGCCAACCUAGAUGAUGAUGAUGACAGUGGUGACCUUACACCUCCCAAGAAAGUUCCCAGAUUAGGACAAAUGGAAGAGGGCAACAGCACGUAAAACUUCACAUCCACAAGUGACUGGGAACAACAGAAGAACUGUCUACAAGCUGGAAGCCAAAGUCUUCACUGCUUAGCGCCGUGGAGUGUCCUUUGCUGGGUAGCUUCUAGCUGCAUAGCUGCCAGUUGCUUUUGAUGGCUGUGAACAUAUAUUUAUCAGAAAGCCUUUAAAAGCAUAGUGCUUCAAUGUUUGAAACAGGGGCAUAAUUUACAUAUAGUCAACAUAACUUAACUAUAAUGUACUUUUGAUAAUACAAUCUUAGUAAUUUUUUGGCUAUCAUAUGAUGCUUCUUUACCAGGUGAAUAUGUAAGUUAAUGUCAUAACAAAGUAAACAAAUAUAUCUGCUAUUUGCAAUGUAUGCACAAAUCUCAAUCUUUUUAGAGGAUCUUAUACUAUAUAGGCCUUGUUUAUUGCAAGGUUAUAAUAUAAAGACAUGGUUUUGUAUGAAUAUUGUUGACCCUCAACCAAGGCAUGUGUAGUAUCGUUGAGCAUUGCGCUAAGCUUACUUGGAGUAAUGCCAAAAAAGUUAUUUUUGAAGAUGAAGGAAUUUGUUGUGUCAUGCCUGAAUGAAUAUCUUUGAAGUACAUGUAGAAAGGGAUAUUCUAGUGCCAUUUGAAAAGCAAUGGUAAAUGGGAACUGAAAUGAAAUUAUGCUAAUUUUGCAUAUAUUUUAAAAACUUAAAUCCUCCAAGGAACGUAUGCUUAUUGUUCUUGCACAGAGCUCUGUCCCACCUUUUUUUCCUCAUGAUGAACCUAUUUUGUAGUACUGGUUUUCCUUUGCUUUUUACAGUGAAAUAUGCCUUCUCAUUAGCAGCACUUUGGCUGUAGUGGUGGUUUAUGAAAAACAGCUUUUUGUUGUAUUUAGAAAUUAAAGUCAUGUUUUGCAGUCAAUCAGACUGCACUUGUGUUAUGCAAGAUCUUAAGUUAAAACAUAUUUAUGGGACCAGUGCUUUUCUUGUCAGCUCCUAUUUGAUCAAUGUCUGUAUUACUAAUGUCAUAUCAGAUUGCUAAAGGCGUACGGCAGAUAUUUUACAUGUUGGUAUAAUUCAAAUUAUAUAUGAGGGUAUUUAUGACAUGUAACAUACUCUUGUUUUCAUGUAUCGCUAAAAGAUAUGUCAGUUUGGCCAUUAUUAUUAUUGUUUCGGUUUGAUGAUUUGGGAGUUGAAUCAACAUUAAAGAUGUAUACUGAUGGAAAUCUUAUUGUAAUAUGCUUUCUGUAGGUGUAGGAAAAAUGGUCAUGUUAUUUUAAGUUGCAACAAAAAUGUUUAUGAAACAGUUUUGUAACUCUUACAAUCAAGCCUCUUUAGUGGCUUAUUUAGAAGUGAGGGCCUGGACAAUUUUAUUCUUGAGAAUUUAUUUGCAUUUUAUUUCUGUUCUACAAGUUUUGGUGAAAUAUUUGAUACAUUAUCUCGAUGUUAAAAGUAUAUGUGACAGCUCUCUCUCUAGUAUAGCACAUCACAUGCAGUCUGCCAUGAUGCCUGAUUAUGCCACUCAUGUACAUUGUUUUACACAAUUGAUACCCAUUCCUACACAUGAUGUACCAGAGCAAUUAUGGCAUUUGAUGGAAGUUUUUAGGUUCUAAACUUUGGUAAUAAAGUUCUUUCAAUGUA